AGGGCGGGUAAGUUGUUUUUGGGAUGAUUGAAGGUGUGCGUGCGUGUAUCGGGUAAGAUUAAUUUGUAUUAAUAGGUGUGAGUGUGUGUGUUUGAGUGCGUGUAUGUGUGUUUCUUUUUUGUGGGGUAAGAUGGCAUGCGCGGUUUCGCGACGCCAGGCGUCGGAUCCGUGCGCGCCCGGGCAAUGGGCAUUUAGUGCCGCGUCGACUUCCGCACGACCGAUCGAAAUGGCGAGCUGAUGUUUAUUUAUAUACCUGUGCAGUGCGAGAGAGUACCUAGAAAGUGAGAGAAAUGGCACCUAGGUUGCUAAUUAGUGCCAAACUGAGUGCCUCAGUGGAUUAAAAAUAGGCAUGCAACAAGGCACGGAGGACGGGGGUAGUUCCCCGGCGGCCACCGGGGCCACGGGCACCGCGACCACCAAUAAGAGCCACGUGAACGGGGGCCGUUUCGAUUUCGAUGACGGGGGGACGUACUGCGGUGGUUGGGAAGAGGGCAAGGCCCAUGGUCACGGCGUCUGUACGGGCCCCAAGGGUCAGGGCGCCUACUCCGGCUCAUGGCACUACGGCUUCGAGGUCUCCGGGGUGUACACAUGGCCCAGUGGGAGUGCUUUUGAAGGCCAAUGGCAGAACGGCAAAAGACAUGGUUUGGGUGUGGAAUCCCGUGGAAGAUGGAUCUACCGCGGGGAGUGGACCCAGGGAUUCAAAGGGCGGUACGGUGUCCGGCAAUCCAACACUUCAACAGCCAAAUACGAAGGCACCUGGGCAAACGGUCUUCAAGAUGGAUACGGUUCAGAAACGUAUGCUGAUGAUGGUACAUAUCAGGGACAAUGGAUGAGGGGGAUGAGGCAUGGGUACGGUGUCAGGAAUAGCGCACCCUUUGGAAAGGCCUCCAAGUACAGAACGAGCAAAGCUAUCAGGGCUUCUAUGACAUCCCUGAGAAGCAAUGAAGCCGGAGGAGCAGGGCCAGAACCUUCGGAUAAGAGGGACAAAAGAGUCGACGAUUCCAGAGGCGGUUUCGUGUUGAAAAUGAAUUCGAAUGAACCGGCUGUUAGAAGACGAUCACUGGGAUCCAGUAAUAUUAAGAGAGGAUUGUUUUCAAAUUUAUUGAAGAAACAGAGAAGCACCGGGGACUUAGAGAAGAGAAUAACAGGAAGCAUCCGUUCCACGGCUUCGUCGGCUUCAUGGGUUAGCACCGAUUCUGCCCAAUCAGCAAUGACAAACGCUUCAGUGCCGUCGGAUUCAAAUGCUAGUUUCGUCGUUGAAGACGAACAAAUGGAUCCAAGCGUUAAGGAGACAUACAUGGGAGAGUGGAAAAACGAUAAGCGCACUGGUUAUGGUGUUAGUGAACGUUCAGAUGGACUUAAAUACGAAGGUGAAUGGUUCAACAAUAAAAAAUAUGGUUACGGUGUAACUACUUUCAGCAACGGUGAGAAGGAGGAAGGCAAAUACAAGAACAACGUACUCAUAACUAACCCAAAGAAGAAGCACAUAUUCUUGAUGAGAUCGGCAAAAUUUAGAGAGCGGAUAGAGGGUGCGGUCAAUGCCGCACAAAGGGCAUCCAAGAUUGCUAUGCAGAAGGCGGAUAUCGCCAUAUCAAGAACGGCCACGGCCAGGGGAAAGGCAGAGGCUUCUGACAAGGCGGCCGCUUGCGCCAGGGAGGAUUCAAAUAUUGCUCAAACCGUUGCUAAGAAGUACGCACCUGACUUUAAGCAGCCGGGCUUGGAAAGGUUGAGAGCCAAGGAAAUGAAAAUGCGCGAGAAGUACGGUGAUUACAAUGCGAUUAUCCAAAAAGACACGUUACAGAAUAAUCCAACGAACGAGAUCCCAAAUCAAAUACCGAACGAAAUUCCGCUAAAUCAAAAUUUGCUAUCAAAUCAAAUGCCAAAGAAGCCAAUGUUCAAUAAUACUACAAAUCAAACUGAAGCUUACCACAAUAAUCCCACGACCUCACUACCAAAUAAUAAUAUAGAAAUUAAGAAAGACCACUUGAAUGAAAUGAACCACCAACUUUUGAGUAAACAAUUUCAAAAGGAAGCAACGCCAAUACGAGGAAGGCAAAGCAUUUCGUCGAUAGACCAUUCGCAACCAGGUGCCUUACCAAGAGCAUCCAGACGGAUCUCGGGAGACCGUCCAUAUUUGGGUACAACAUCGCAGCAAUCUUCAAUCGAUCAUUUUGAUCACUACAAGCGACCACCGAGUAGAGAUUCGAGCGUGGACAGAUACUCCAGAGCGACUGGAAGGAUGGGCGGAGGCAUGGGUUCAAGACAACCAUCAGUAGAUAGAACAGCGAGACCAUCAGUAACCCCAGACAGAACUGCCAGAGCGCCAUCUGCAAUUAGGGGGACCACGCCAGCUCCUCCUGCUAUGAGGAACGGUUCAGUGGUUAGUGCCAAAUUGCCGCAAAUGGAAGGAAACGGAUCUGCCGUACCGCAGCAACCACCGUUCGAGGAAAUUCUGAUCAAGAAAAAGAACCUAGGUCAGGACAUCAUUCCAUCUCCGAAUCAGCCGAAGAGGACUGAAAGCCUAUUUAUUGCUGGUGGAAAUGCCACUGCUGUUGCUGCUACUGCUGCUGCUCCCAAGAACGUAAUACCUCAAACGAGUCUAUCACGCAAAAAGUCAUUACCCGACUUCCAAGAGCUACCCAGGGCAACUGGUCCGAUGUCCAGGGAAGAGGUGUCAGCGCUGGGUUCUGCGCGACGAGAGGAAGUACGAAGACAGGCCGAUGAAAAAGAGAAACUACGUGCCAAUCCCUUGUUAUAUUUAGUCAGUCCACAAGUUAAGGACUGGUUCUCGCGCCAACAGCUGGUAAUUGUUAUUCUAUUCGUGAACAUCUCCCUGGCCAUUAUGUUCUUCAAAAUGCUAACAUAGCAGUGCAUCCAAAAUUGGCCUGCCGAAAAUUAACGCAUACUGACAAGAAACGUGUCUAGAAAAAGCAAAGAAAACAAAACUAAAAAAAAUCUAAAAAGCCUAUCAUAGAAAUUCUUAGGGUUACAAGAAGAAAAAUAAAAACUAAUAAACUAGACAAUUUUAAAUAUAAGAUAUAUUUUUACACAGACAGUUUCUGUCUUUUUACACGACGAUUUAUUAUAUAUUGAGGAAACAACAAAAAAAAAUGUAAUAUUGAUGUAAGAAUGUCUUCGUCUAACUCUCUUUCUCUCUCUAUAUGUAUAUCUAUGUCUAUUUAAUAAUAUUGUUAUCAUAUAAAUUAUAUGAUUGUUUUUGGGAUCAGUUUUUUGCUGUUGGAGUUUUCAGAUUUUAUUCUAUAUGUUGUUUGUUUAAGCUUGUUUUGUUUCUAAUUUUUCUCUAAGACGUAUAUUUAUCUUCUUAUUUUAUAGUUUCGCCUCCAUUUCAUCUUCAAAAAUACAUCUUUAUUAAACAUGAAAUAAUUCUUCGGUCGAAUUCGUUUUCGUCCAUUCCAAAUGAACGAUUAAUAUGAGAGUAUUUUUGAUCGCUUAAAUAGUCUUAAAUAAAUAUUUUUAUUCUUACGUACU